GCUUUUAGCCUCGGGUAAAGGCCAAUUAUUCUGAUGCCGGCAAGCGCAUCAUUGAGGGGGGGUAAACAAUGCUUACUGUUAUUACACUCAUAACCUUUCCCAGGUACCUAAGGGUCGACGCACCUUGCUGUUGGAUACCAACUUAUUGCUCAAUAUGCGUUGCUAAACACUCUUAAUUCCCUUCUUGCAGCCUCCUUUCUCUGGAAUGCCAUCUUUUGAUGGUGCAGAGUAUUGGGUGGAGGCGAGAGCAGAGCAGAAUGCUUAUGUUGCAUGUGCCUGCACUGAUCGUAUACGAAUACUUUCUCCAGCUUCGAAGCGGAGGUUGAUUUCUUCUGGGUACAGAAAUCUUCGGUCUCAAACUGGUCCGGCGUUCUGCCCUUACUCACUCGUUCGUAUUCUACAGCAACGACGAUGGUCUCUGGUGAAGAUAUUAUUUUUAUGGAGCCGAUAUUACGGCGUUGCCUUUAAUGUGUCAAAUGCUGUUAUUUAUCUCUAUUUGUAUCCUUCUUUGAAUGUCAGUUCUACAUUCUUCUAUUGGCAGAAUACCGGUGCUAGCUUACAAGUCAUUACUUCCCAUGAGCUACGGCUGUAUGCAAUGUACGGAAAUUCUUGCAAGAUACUCGGAUUAUUUGUCGUAAUGACCGUGCUAGAAUGCUUAACAAUGGGUCUCAUAUUCGGCCUGCCAGGAUCCGGAACAAUAGGCACAAAUGAGCCAAUCCCCGGUUUGUUCAUGUGCGCUGACGCGGAUCCUCCGGACCACCACUGGAUCGUGUAUUACUGGGUCGCUGUCUUAAUAAUCGAGAGCAUCUUACUCUCUCUUGCACUCCGACAAGCAUGGCUACAUCGGCCAUCUGCGUCAGGCAGUGACUUGAUGCGGAAAUUAACACGCGAUUCCGUUAUUUAUUUCCUUGUGCUUUUCGGGAUAUACUUGACGAAUCUCAUAUUCUGGAUUAGGAAUCGCAUUACUCUCAAUGAAUUUGGGACAGCCUUUGCCUUCGUCAUCUCCUCUCUCUUUGCCAACAGACUACUUUCGGAGGUAACCACUGAGAUACGAUUUAGAAGGGAGACGGUGACUGGGGAUGUCGAUGAUUAUGAUACCAUGGAACUACGGAAUAUCACGAGGGACUUUAACGAGGUUGUGGGCGUAUGAUUGUAUAACCCGCCAGUGCGGUUUCUCCGGCCCAGGGUAUCCUUUUCUGAAACAUCUUUUUCACACGUUGAAAAUUCAUAUGUUACUGUUCGUCGCUUCCGAAGUCCUGCCUUCACGAAGCUAGAUACCUCGUCUUUUUUUUACCCAUGCCUGCGACAGUGGCGAGGUUAUUAGCUCUAAUUCAACGGAAGGAUCUAUCACACGUCGUUGGGUUGUCGCUAGCCUAAUGAUGCUGCAGAUAAAUCAAUCACUGCCCAU